GAGCGCGUCUUUUUCGUGAUUGUCAGUCGCGUUUCCAUUGAUUUACAUCUCUCAACCUCCAAUUCCCUUCACCUUGCCAUGGCUGACUCCACCUCCAUAAGGCGCUCAAAACGGAAGCGGCCUACCGUCGAUUACCGUGAACAGGACCUGAGCGAAAAUGAAAAUACCCAAGACCCCCAGGAUGCUGAAGACGGCCCCCCUCACAAGAAGCCACAGGUGAAGAAGCCUGCCAAGCCUCUUCCAAAGCGAAAGAUCUUCCCGUUCCUUCAACUACCUGCAGAAAUCCGCAAUCAAAUCUACAAGUUGUGCCUCCAUGAUCCUGUCGGCGUCUAUCUGUGCCCUACUACCUAUGCCUUCCGUCGUACUGUCAAUCGCGUCGCUGAAGCGAGGUAUCGUGCUCCUCAUCGCACAGGCGGCGACGACGACCCAGAGAAACCCGCUGAAACUUUCGAGACGCUGGUGCCCGCGCUACUGGCCACGAACAAGCAGAUCUACCGCGAAGGCCGUCAGAUUCUCUACGGAAAUGACUUCUACAUGGGCGACACGUUGACAAUGCAUUCAUUUCUUGUUGAUAUUGGCGCCCGAGCCGCAUCUCUACUCAAGUUUGUCACUCUGAUACACUGGGCAGAGGGACGUGGCGUCAACAAAGCAUACAACCACGCUGCUUUCGGUGCUCUGUCGGCAGCCACCAACCUUGAACGCUUCAACAUGGUGAGCCAUACCAGCUAUCGUACGCAUCCGAAGCCUGUUGCUAUUCAGUUCUAUCGUGACGCCUUUCCAUGGUUGGAAGCAGUGGGUAUUGCCAAGGGCAAAGCCGACGCAGCUGUCCAUUUGGUAACCAUAUCAGCCGGCAAUUUCAAUCACUUCAGCCGGCGUAAUGGGUGGAUCUUUGGGAAGAAGAAUGGAACAUAUGAGGAUAUUGACUCAUUCCGAAACGAGCUCGCGAAGCUAUUGAAUGCGCGCAUGAACAUGAUCAGAUCUUGA